AUACGGACGGUCAGAAUGUUGCAUACGCUCACGAGGAUCGCUUUGAACUAUCCCAGUCGCAGUUAAUAACCAGCAACGGCUACCCCGUAGAGGAAUAUACCGUCACCACCAGAGACUCUUACGUCAUCAUGAUACAACGAAUACCCAGAGGACGCGGAGAGCCACCGGGACAGCGAAGAAAGCCGGUCGCCUUCCUCAUGACUGGGCUUCUAAGCAGCAGUGCGGAUUACGUGGUUAACUUGCCGGAUCAAAGCCUUGGUUUCAUCCUAGCAGACAACGGCUUUGAUGUGUGGUUGGGAAACGUCAGAGGUACCACUUACUCAAGACACCGCCGCCUCCAGAAGUGGCAGAAGAAGUACUGGGAUUUCAGCUUUGACGAAAUGAUCAGCUACGAUCUACCAGCGCAGAUAGACAUGAUCCUGGAAAGGACCCAAAGGAGUUCCUUGAUGUACGUAGGGUGGUCUCAAGGAAGCCUUAUAAUGUUUGGUUUACUUUCGUCUCAACCUCACUACAAUGAGAAGGUUCGACUUUUCAACGCCAUCGCACCGGUGGCCUAUCUGGGUCACAUGACAUCGGACGUGAGCGAGAUGGUGCCGUUCGCCGACUUCUUGAACGGUCUUCUCCAGGUGACGCUAAACGGGGCUUUCUUGGCAAUAAACGGCCCUGUUUUCCAACAAAUAAAGAAAGACGAAUGCGGAAGCAAGAAACAAAGUCCGAGUUGUAAAGCAGCCUUUCAGCUCUUUAAUGGAGGAUUCCCUAUUGAAAUGAACAAGACGAGGUUUCCACUUUACAUGGCUAACAAUCCUGCGGGAUCUUCGGUACGCAACAUGUACCACUUCGCACAGAAACAACCGCCGCAGUACGACCUCACCAGAGUCACCGCACCGGUGGCCCUCUAUUGGAGCGCUGGAGACGUGCUGGCCCGUCCAAUGGAUGUGAGACACCUCGAGAGGCGCUUGCCCAACGUGGUACUUAGCUACAAGGUGCCAGUGCGCGGCUUCACUCACAUAGACUUCGUGUGGAGCAUCAAUGCCAAGAACCACCUCUACAGGAAGAUUCUGUACAUGAUGCUCGAGUACGCGCAGGAGCAGCAGCAGCCGCCACUACCGAGUGUCGAUCGAAACACCGUGCGUGUGUGACACGUGCAGCUAUACGCCCCGUUUCUGUGCCUUAAUCCCAUCUAGACGCCAGUUCCUGACUAAGGGUGCACAAAGCAAUGGCCGCUUGCAAAUCAGAUUAGCAGGAUAUGCAUGCAACUGGUUGUUCUCUCUCGUGCUUCUUUCCGUCACUUUAUCCCACAUAACGUGCAUCUUGCAUGAUAAAAACUGUAAUGUGCAUCUUGACAAUGACAACAAUGCAUCUUGCAACGUGCAUGAUGACAAUGGUCGUCAGUGUAAUGGAAAGGACCAACAGACAGAGCAAACUCAGUUGGUCACGCCUAAAUUUAUUGCUGUUUCUUUCCUUUCCAUCUCUUGAGCAACGACAAGCGUGUCGGCAUCUGGGGGCGUGCUUCAUUGGUCGGUGGAUAACAAUGCAAUUUGCAUGUCACCGAAGGCGGCACGUAUACGUGUCAUUUAUCAGUUGUGGAGCUCUCUUCAGUACUCAAAGGAGAACAGACCACCGAGGGGUUUGAGCGUAUAGUGAGCCGCAGGACCACGUCCACACUCACCACGGUAAACUGAUACGUCGCUGCACGCG